AAUAGUAAUUUAACACUAUUUUAAAAGUUGCUUUAUUUUGCGAGUAUAAGGGAUACAAAAAUAACAGUUAAACAAUGGAUCUGUCAAUCACUUCAUUGAUCGUAAAAGAUGUCCGCUUUCCCACGUCUUUGAGUGGCGACGGAUCCGAUGCUAUGCACACGGAUCCGGAUUACUCGUGCGCUUAUGUCAUACUGAAGACCCAGAGGAAUGGCCUCGAAGGCCAUGGAUUGACGUUCACUAUUGGCAAAGGCACAGAAGUCGUUGUCAAAGCUGUUGAGUGUCUCAAGCCUUUAGUUGUGGGCAAAGUAUUGGGCGACAUAUACGACAACUUCGGUUGCUUUUGGACAACACUCGCUUGCGAUAGUCAGCGCCGUUGGAUCGGACCGGAAAAGGGGGCCAUUCAUAUGGCCACCGGUGCUCUCGUCAACGCCUUAUGGGACCUCUGGUGCAAGAUUGUGGGCAAACCCCUGUGGAAACACCUUGUUGACAUGGAGCCAGAAAAGCUGGUCUCUUGCAUUGAUUUCAGAUAC